AUGUCAGAAGGCCCGGAGCAGCAGCAGGAUGAAGACUCCCAUAGCUCCUUUGUGGCAGAAGAUAGUCAGCAGUGUGCAGUUCUUACAGAUUCUGUUUGUGCUGAUCUUUUUCCAAGGGCAAAACAGAUUCUGCUACCAUCUAAUUCAGAGGCAGAGGUUCCCCAUCUUCAGGAGCUGCCGAAUCUGUGUGACUUACCACCUGUAGGUCAGUUUUCCCAGGUGUACUGGCCAAACCAAUGUGAAGUCAUCAGGGACAGAAUUGAGCACAUUGAUUGGAUACCCACUACCCCUGAGCCGAUGUACACUCCAACAGGUUUGGAGAUGAUGCCACCAUACCAACCUCCUGACAAGGGCACUGUGGUUUAUCUGGGAGAAGAAGCUAACACAGACUCCUGCUUCAUGUAUUCCCGAGUGAGAGGUCUCUGCCCCAUGAAGCAGGUCCUCCAUCAGAAACUGGACAACACGCUCAUCUUUGAAGCACGGUUCGAGAGUGGGAAUUUGCAGAAGGUGGUUAAAGUUAAUGACUUUGAGUACCAGCUGACCCUGCGCACCGACCUCUACACGAACAGACACACGCAGUGGUACUAUUUCCAAGUCAGCAAUACUCAGGCAGGGGUGCCGUAUCGCUUCACCAUUGUCAACUUUACCAAGCGUAACAGCCUGUAUAAACAUGGUUUGCGGCCACUGUUGUACUCAGAAGUUGAUGCUAAGCAGCACAGUGUUGGCUGGCGAAGGACAGGAAAUGAAAUCAAAUAUUAUAAAAACAAUGUGGGCGAAGGUGGACGUCGGUAUUUCUCACUCACUUGGACGUUCCAGUUUCCUCAUGACAGAGACACCUGCUAUUUUGCCCACUGCUAUCCUUACACCUACUCCAACCUGCAGGAGUACCUGGUGGACAUCUCUAAAGAUCCAGUGAGGUCCAAGUUCUGCAAGAUUCGUAUCUUGUGCCGUUCCCUGGCAGGAAACAUAGUGCAUGUCUUAACUAUCACCAACCCUCCUGAAAGUGGCAACGACACAAAGAGGAAGGCUGUGAUACUAACUGCGAGAGUGCAUCCAGGAGAAACCAACAGUUCCUGGAUAAUGAAGGGAUUUCUGGAUUACAUUCUUGGCAAUUCAGACAAAGCUCAACGGCUCCGGGACACUUUUGUCUUCAAAGUGGUUCCAAUGUUAAAUCCAGAUGGUGUGAUUGUGGGAAAUCAUCGCUGCUCUUUAACUGGACAGGACUUAAACCGCAAAUACAGAUCCAAGGUGAAGAAAUGUUAUCCUUCCAUCUGGUAUACCCGAAACAUGAUCAGAAGAGUAAUGGAGGAACGUGACAUUUUUCUGUAUUGUGACAUCCAUGGUCACAACAGAAAACAAAAUGUCUUCAUGUAUGGUUGUGAGAAAGAGCAGCAACCAAAAGCACCGGACUUGCAGCCACGUGCCUUUCCACUCUUGCUGAGCAAGAACUGCCCAGAGAAGUUCUCAUUCCCAGACUGCCGUUUCAGAGUACGAAAGAGCAAAGAAGGUACAGGUCGAGUUGUAAUGUGGAAGAUGGGCAUCAACAACAGCUACACUUUGGAAGCCUCUAUUUGUGGCUCUAAGUUGGGCUGGAGACAAAGCACCCAUUUUGAUAUGAAAGACUUAGAGUCAAUAGGACAGCGUUUCUGUGAUGCUCUCUUGAACUACUCUGUUCAUAAUGAGGAACAAGAGAAAGUAGUGAGACAGCAAACUAAGGUGAAAUCUGAAGUCCUCAAUUCUGAUAUAUACUGGGAUUCCAGCAGUCAAACUUCUGACAGCUCAGACUCCUGUGAUCUUCCUGCACACGGGCAAAAACUAGGCACUAAGAAAGAAAACAAAACAUCAGGAGAUCAUUUUAACGGUAUUGCUAAGGACAGAAGUCAUGAAAGCAAAAAUAUGCCAGGCACUGAAACUCAACAUAAGAUAUUUCAGGAAUCUGACCCAGUAGAAAAAGAAAAGUGAGCGUUCCAAGAAAGAUAAAUACAGAGUUCAUUGGCUGGAAUUUCACUCAGUCCCUGCAGUUGGAAGAGCCAAUUUUUCUUUCCUUUAAACUGUCUUCAGAUAAUUAUAUUUGGCUUUACUGUUUGGGAACAGUCUCAUU